AUGUCUUGCCAGGGCACUCCUGAGUGCUACAGGGGCGAUCAUGCUUUGCCUAGGAUACGCGACCGACCCGCGUGCGACCCCGGCGCCGUCCGCAAGCUCGAGCAGCAACAUCGCGACGGCGAGCUCGCCGCGGCCGAUUACACGCAAGCCCGCCGCGUGGCCCUCGGCCUCCCGCAAGUCGGGCCGACGGGAAGCCUAAAGCCACGCGCUUUGUACGGGCCCGCGGUGUGGCCCGAAGGCGUCACAAAAAAAGACACCGGCAGUAUACUAUUGACGGGCGCGGAGCUGAUCAUCGCCACCGAGCUACGGGUCAAGUGCCACUCGUACGAGGUUGGCGAAAGGUACCCCAUCGAGCCUUGGCUCAAGAAUAAUGGCAUCGAUUACACGGUCGCCGAGAAGAUCCAGGGUGCCAUUGGCAUGCAUCCUAGUCACAUUGAGUCGUGGCUGAGGUGGGACUCAGGGCGGGCCCCAAUCGCGCCAGACUGGAAAUCGCGCCCCAGAGUUUUAAAAGCCGACAUCACCGAAGAUGUCCGCUUCGCGUUUUACCGCGCGAUGGACGAGGCGCGCCUGGCCAUCGACGCGGGACGAGCCCCGGCUGGAGCGCUGCAGCACGCGCGAUGGUGGCGGGGUGCUUUACAUAACGGAGAGUCGUCGUUAUACAUCGAAGGCCGCGCGCCCUCGGAGCAGUUCCCGGGCCUGCCCGACGACGUCCUGCGCUGCGUCGGCGAGUUUCUCGCGCCGACGAGCCCGGUCGAUUGCAUCCGGGCCAUCGAAGACGUCAUCGAGGACUCGCAGGAGCACUGCGACGAGAACCCCCAUUAUGAUGACAUCGACGAGUUGCGCCGCCUGGAGAGCGAGGAACUAGGUGAAGUGCUCGAGGCGGUGAGUUACUACCUCAAUGGACGUCACACCAACUCAGGGUUGACCGGUCGCAACGAUUUGUGGGGCUUCUCGGGCAUCAAGGGCGAGGAGAGUCGCGUCGAAACCGCGAAGACGCUAAAGCUAGUCUCCAAGUGCUUUCGACUCGCGUUGAAGAAGAAUGUGAUUCGCCUCAACGCCCGUCUCAAGGGGUACAAAAAUCACGAGGCCAUGCUGGCGGGGAAAUACGCGCUUGCUGAGCGCGUUUGGAAGGAAGAUCCGUACCAUCAUGACUACUAG